AUGACAUCUCAUAUCAGAGGGAACUUGACAGAAGAACAACUAAAAAGAAUAGAAGCAAACCGAAAAAGAGCCUUGGAGCGCUUGCAGCAAAAGAAGAAGAAAGAUGCAGGUGAACCUAUAUCUUCAUCAACUCCGAAAAACACCACCACCAAAGAGACGGGUUCCUAUGGUCCAACCAAAACAUUGAGCCAAAUUGUCAAUUCAGAUUCAGUACAGGUUCUGUCUAAAUUUGUGGAAAUUGAAACAGAUGGCAGUGUGAAGAAACGACGCGUGUUAACGGAAGAACAGAAACAGAAGAUCGAACAGAAUAGACUAAGGGCAAUAGAAAUACAAAAGAAUCUCAAGCAAAGAGAAAACUCCAAAGAUGACAGUACCACAAGCUCCAAGCCAAUAGAUAAUAUCCGGUUGAACCAGAACCGUCCUGAUUCAGAGUUUAGCUUUACAAAAAAGUUCCAGCCUCCUCCCAUUCGCAAACAAGAUUAUAUUGAAUUCGAUUUUGCCACCAUGAAGGACACAAAGGGUGGAUUUCUUGAAGACGAGAAAACAAAUCCCCGAGGAGAAGACGAACAGACAUUGCAAGAUUGGAAAAACAAACAGAAAGAACUACAGAGAAUUAAAGAGUUGCCACCCCCAUUAGAUUUGCAGAAUAUUCCCCGGUGCCGUGAAUGUCAAUCCAUGGAAGUGGAUGCAAAUUUGAUGACAAAUUUCAACGUGCGGGCUUGCAGAAAGUGCAUUAAGGCUUUUCCUGAGAAAUACUCGUUGCUUACCAAGACCGAAUGUAAAGAGGACUACUUGUUAACGGAACCAGAACUUCAAGAUACAGCGUUACUUCCUCGAAUUGAGAAGCCCAACCCUCAUGGGUAUAGCAGGAUGCAGUUAUUUGUUAGAUUCCAGGUUGAAGAAUUUGCAUGGAAAAAAUGGGGAGGUCCCGACGAACUUGACAAGGAAUGGGAGAGACGUGAAGAGAACAAGAUCAAACGUAAAGAAAAGAAAUACCACGACCAGCUUCGUGAAAUGAGAAAACGAACUAGGGCAGAGGAAUACACACGAAAGUUGAGAGAUGGCAAAUCCCUAGGGGAAAGGCACGUGCACGAUUGGUCGUCGCCGAUAAAUAUUGACAAACAUACUAUCAAGCGAAGAUGCAUCGACUGUGGAAUUGAGACAGAAGAAGUGGUGAUAUGA